AAAUGGAGGAAGAUGAUGACUAUGUGGAAUAUGUUUCUGUGGCCAAGCGGAGAGCCAUGGAAGCACAAAAGAUUCUCCAGCGCAAAGGAAAAUCUUCUGCGUUUGAGGAUGAAACAGAGAAAGCAAAACUUGCCGAGGCAAAACCCAGUUUACUUGUUAAGGCUUCCCAGCUUAAGCGGGACCAGCCAGAGAUCAGUCCCACUGAACAGAUUGUCCAACAGGAGAAAGAAAUGAUUGAACACUUGUCAGACAGGAAAACAUUGAUGUCUGUCCGUGAACUUGCGAAAGGAAUAAUUUAUACAGAGCCACUGUUCACAGGAUGGAAGCCUCCUCUGCGGAUUAGAAGGAUGUCGAGAAAUGAGUGUGAUUCCAUUCGGAAGCAAUGGCACAUAAUAGUUGACGGUGAUGAUAUCCCCCCACCAAUCAAAAAUUUCAAGGAUAUGAAGUUUCCUGAGCCAAUCCUGAACAAGUUGAAAGCUAAAGGAAUUAUAAAACCAACACCUAUUCAAGUUCAGGGACUUCCUGUUAUCUUGUCAGGAAGGGAUAUGAUAGGGAUUGCAUUUACAGGUUCUGGGAAAACAUUGGUCUUUGUGCUACCAUUAAUAAUGGUGGCAUUGCAAGAAGAAAUGAUGAUGCCAAUAAUUCCUGGAGAAGGGCCAUUUGGAUUGAUAAUUUGCCCAUCUAGAGAACUUGCUAGGCAGACUUACGAGGUUGUGGAGCAAUUUUUGAUUCCCUUGAGGAAGCUGAGACCAUUGCUUUGCAUUGGUGGUGUAGACAUGCGGUUACAGUUGGAGGUUGUUAAGAAGGGUGUGCAUAUAGUUGUUGCCACCCCUGGUAGGUUGAAGGACAUGCUUGCAAAGAAGAAGAUGAACCUUAAUAAUUGCAGGUAUUUGACUCUUGACGAGGCAGAUAGAUUGGUGGAUCUAGGUUUUGAAGAUGACAUAAGAGAAGUGUUUGACCAUUUCAAAGCUCAAAGACAGACCCUUCUAUUUUCUGCCACCAUGCCCAAGAAGAUUCAAAAUUUUGCUAGAAGUGCUUUAGUUAAGCCUGUUACUGUUAAUGUGGGAAGGGCUGGAGCAGCAAAUCUUGAUGUGAUCCAAGAGGUGGAGUAUGUGAAACAAGAGGCAAAGAUUGUGUACCUUCUUGAGUGCUUGCAAAAGACCCCACCUCCAGUUCUAAUAUUCUGUGAGAAUAAAGCUGAUGUGGAUGAUAUUCAUGAAUAUCUUCUUUUGAAAGGAGUUGAAGCUGUUGCAAUUCAUGGAGGCAAGGAUCAAGAGGAGAGAGAAUAUGCCAUUUCAACCUUCAAAGCAGGCAAGAAAGAUGUCCUGCAUGUUAUCAAUUAUGACAUGCCUGCUGAAAUUGAGAACUACGUCCAUAGGAUUGGACGAACUGGAAGAUGUGGCAAAACUGGAAUAGCUACAACCUUCAUUAACAAGAAUCAGAGUGAGACAACACUUCUUGAUUUGAAGCACUUGUUGCAAGAAGCAAAGCAGAGAAUUCCUCCUGUCCUAGCUGAGCUUAACGAUCCAAUGGAUGAUGUUGAUGCCAUCAUCAGUGCUAGUGGAGUUAAAGGAUGUGCUUACUGUGGCGGACUUGGCCACCGAAUACGUGAUUGUCCCAAGUUAGAGCAUCAGAAAAGCCAAGCUAUUGCUAGCUCAAGGAGGGACUAUUUUGGAUCAGGAGGUUAUAGAGGGGAAAUGUGUAGUAUAGACUGGGGA